AUGGAUAGGACGAGCAUUCAGUCAGGUAGCGUUGUCUCGGACUUCAUGAGUCGAAGCAUGUCGCGGUUGGGCAGCUUUGUGAAGGAGACAUUGAAUGGGUCAGCAGAGCCGCGCUUUCCUACGGUGACAGGCAUGUCGCCGCAGUCACAUGCGUACGAUCCGUCGGAAACUGUCAUCCAGCAGGAGGCUGUUGUACGUGACGAUAGUGUUGACAGUGGUCGUACAGUGCCUUCAUGGUUGGAGAGUAGGGAUGAAAACGAAAGAGAUGGUCCCGCCCUUCCCUUGAAAGCCAGUUUUCGUGACAUCGUGGAGGAAAACGAGCACCUACGCCGGACAUGUAGAGAGCUCAGGUCUGUGGAACAGAACAACAUGGAUAAGAUGCACAAUCUCGUAAAUGCACUCGCAGAAUCCCAGAGAGAAGCUGAUCGCAAACUCCAGGAUCUUGUGAGGGCACUUGAGGAAUCCCAGCGAGAGAACCGUAGGCUUGCCAAGGAGGCAGCGGAGAUGCGUGUACUGCUUUGUGAGCGGGUUCGGGAACCCGAGGACAAGCCUCACAAGCUUAAGCAUGCGGAGAAUGACGGUGGUCAGAUUUGCAAGCUGGAUCCGAAGUCAUUGUUGCAGUACAAUGUUUGUGGAGAAACUGUUGUUGAAAUGAAGCAGGCUAGGCAAGGGCCCAAGGAGUCCGUCGAGGCGUACACCGCAAGAUUCCAGGCGAUGGUUACACACCUGCAGGCGUGCUACCUUGUGUCCAAGAGACCUAGUGUUGCGCUAGGUAGCUGGGAACGCAGGAUUCAAAUGGACUAUGCGCGUGCCAUGCUACGGAAGGAAUUGAGCAUGCUGAUGGAACGCGAUGGUAAGACGUUUGGGAUUACUUAUCAUGCGGAGCCGUCGGAGAUGGGCAAGUAUUUGCCGCAGUUGUAUCGCGAAGCUCUUAAUCUGCGUCAGAGACAACCACAAGACGGUCAUACGAGUCUUCAUUUCACCCAAGCACAACCUCGUCAUGAGGGCAAGCGGUCGGCUCCCACUCAGAGCGAGGACAUGCAGGGCAAGGAGAAGAAGUUCGACAAGAAGAAGGUGAAGUGCUACAACUGUCAGAAGUUCGGUCACUUCAGAGACAAGUGCCCUCUCUUGUCGAGGAUCAAAGCUCUACCUAUGGUACCUGUGACCUUUCGGUUCGGGAAUCAAUCCAUAGUUCUUAAUGCAUUGCUCGAUACCGCUGCUGAAGAGUCGUUUAUCAGCACGAAGGCAGUGCGCAAAUUUGGCUCCAGUUUCAAGAGUAGUGGGUCGUUCUACAUGCUUGACUUGCCGCAUGCGGACAUGAUCCUCUCAUGGGAAUGGAUGCGUACGAACAAGAUCGUGAUUGAUGCGGGUCACCCCAGAGUCUUUGCCAAGUGGCGCAAGAAGAUGGGCGAGCGCUCUGGAGGCCACGUCGAGGAGGCCGCCAACCUCGUCGAGAGGGUGAAGAGCUUCGCGAAGCGGUAUCCUGGUAGCCUAGUAGGACAGCUCAUGCUUGCAGAGCUGAGGGGGGAUCAUGGAUGCACUCCCGACGCUAUCGCUGAAGCCAUCCGCUCGACAUGUCGGCAGGCGAGACGCGACCUGUUUGAAGACUCUCUGAGCGAAUGGAGCUCAGAGUCGAGAGCAUGCAAGAAGCAGAAUGUCGAGGCAUACAUCGGCACUGAACUGACUUGCACCGAGGGGACCUCCUUCAUCUCCAAGAAAAGUUGA